AUGUAUGAGAGUACAGAAAAUCCACGAUAUCUUGCUAAAAUUCAGCUUUUACCGUGGGCUGAGCAAUUGGAUGUUGAUUCCCUACUGAGAUCUAUGCGAGAAUAUGAAGUCACUAAGCGUGUAAUACGCCCUUAUAAUCGUAUAUAUAUAAAUAAAACAAAAUAUUAUGUGGUCUUAUUUUGUGAUCCAGAAGAAGGGGGGAUACUAACUGAACAUACCCAAGUUUACACAAACGGAAAGCCAAUUGUCCCUCUGAAGAAAGUUCACUUUUUAGCUUUACCUCCGUUUAACGCAUCAACUUCCCCAUUAGCUCAAAGAGUAACUACAAUACGACUGAAUCGUGGCAUUCAGGAGGAAGCAAAUACUGUACCGGAGACAUGUGACAUAUCUAUUGAUGAUAUCAAUACUUUGUGUGAUCGUGAUACUCUAUGCAAGCUUUAUGUAGAGCCAUACUUUAAGAAAUGUAGAAAGGAACCAGUGUAUGUAGGAAGAAGAAUAAAUAUGGAGGGGAUUGUGUUUCUUGUAUGGGCCUGUGAUCCUUGUCAAAUUGGAGUUAUUAAUAAGAAUACAGCUGUUUAUAUUGAUUGGGAUUGUUUUGGUGAAUUCAAGCGUAUUCACGUUAUGCCUUUUUCGGACACUUUGCCUCAAACAUAUUCAUAUGAUAUAUUUCAAGACUACUUAAAGCCCUUCUUGUCACGUUACACAUUUCAUCCAUUUUGUCAGGGUGAAAGUUUUACUUAUAACGGUGUACAAUUUAAAGUUGUAGCUACGGAUCCAGUGGGUGUCAAAGCUAGAAUAGGGGAUAACACUACUAUUUUUUGUCAAGGAAGUUUAACACCAUCAAUUGUGGAUUUAUUACCUAUACAUCUACUUGAAAAUAUUACUAGACUACCCCCAAGAAGCCGUCCUUUUGCUAUAUUACAGGCUUUGACUCACUUGCCUCCUUCUGAUGUUGAUAGAAUAUUUGGUAUGGCUGAUGCAAACAAUAAUAGGGGAGUUAAUAAUGAUGUUAUCUUGACAAUUUCACAGAAAGCAUUCAUUUAUCAUAGCCAAUUACAAGUGGGAUCUAAUAGUGAACCAUCAGAUGAGCCUCCAAUGUGUACUGUAUGUCUAUCCGAAGUUAACAAUGGUGAGAAUGUUGUAAAACUAAAUUGUCAACAUUUGUUUCAUCUCCAAUGUAUUCAAGAAUGGCUUAGAAUGUCCGUUAUAUGUCCUUUAUGCAAAGUUGAUGUAAGGAGUUAA